AUGAUUAAAACAGCAAAUCGUUUCUUUUCAACUCGUCUUUCCCUUCUAGCCACGACACAUGUGAAGCCACAACCCAUAUUAGCUGCGAAACAGUUCAUUCCUGAGCUGGCCACUCGGUCGAAAAUAAGAAGCUUGAGAAGAAAAGAAAUCAGAUUGAAGAGACAGAUCGUAAGAGAUGUCAACAAUUUAAAGAAGCAUAGUUUGAAAAACAUUCAAUUUCAAGUUGAUCCAGUUUUGGGAGAAUCUAAUAACUCUUUCAUAAAACGUUUCAGAACGUAUUUGGAAGAUCCUACCAAUUUAGCUUACGGUCACGAACGUGAAGAAUUCGAGAAACUACUCUAUGGUGCAGAAAAGUCUACUAUUGAAAAAUUCGGUGCACCAAAUGCUUUGUCGGAAUCUGUUGCGGCCGCAGAGCAAAGAAAAAAGAGAGCAUUAUUGACGAUUCUUAACUUGAAAAACUCAAACUCGCAAGAUAAGAAAUCCCUAGCAGUAAAAUUUGCACGUACAGAGUUUCAGAGAGAAGAUGGUGAUACCGGGUCUCCUGAAGUGCAGGCGGCUGUAAUGACUGUGAAAAUACACUUGGGUAUGGAUCACGUUAAGAAGUUACCUAAAGAUAAGAAUCAUAUCCAACAUGUUCGUGAACUAGUUCAACAAAGACAAAAAAUAUUAAAGUACCUAAAGAGAAGUGAUCCUGAAAGAUACUUUUAUACCAUUGCGAAGCUUGGGUUAACUGAUGAUGUUGUCACAAGAGAAUUCAACAUGGGAAGGCAAUACUUACAGGAUUAUAAAGUAUGGGGAGAUAAACAGUUAGUCAAAUUAUCAGACAAACAGCAAGCAAAAGAACAAGAACUUAUCGACUUGCAAAAGCGUAUUCAAAAUUAUAAUGUAUUGGCCAAAAAGAAUUUCGAAUUGUUACAAGAUAAUAAACAUAAACCUUUGGAUUAG